CAAUCAACACAACUAGCCGGCCAAUACCAGAAGUGAAAAAAAAAAAAAAAAAAAAAAACCAGCUCUAAAAACAUUCUUCUCCUAGCGUUUAAACCAUGGCUUUUUCCAAGUAUUGUUUCAUUCUGUCCAUGAUCAUGGCAUUGCUAUUCUCAAGCGCCGGAAUGAGUCUUGCAGCUCGUCACCUUUUGGAUACACCAGCUGCUCCACCCCCAGUGUUGACACUGCCUACAAUCCCAUCUCUGCCCAAGGCGACCUUGCCUCCACUGCCCUCUGUGCCAACGCUGCCUAAAGCCACGUUGCCACCACUACCUAGCAUGCCAUUGCCUACUUUGCCGACUCAACCUACUCUUCCGAAGCCCACAUUGCCACCAUUGCCCACAAACCCAUUGCCAACUCAACCAACUCUUCCAAAGUCCACAUUGCCGCCGCUCCCAAGCACCCAACUCCCAACACUGCCAACAAUGCCUACCGUCCCCAAGGUUGCACCGAUGCCAACUAUUCCACUGCCCACCAUUCCAACCACAAUCCCUUCCAACAUUCCAACGACAAUCCCAACAAUUCCUUUCCUCUCCCCACCACCAUCAAACUAGACUCUGGACCUUGAGAUGCCACACUGUCAUUCUUCGUUCUUAUGUUUCUUUGAUCCAGUUGUUAUGUAUAAGAGAAUAUGAUGUUUGAUUUCUAUAGCUUUCAAGUUAUUCUUUGGUUAUGUCAGCAACACUUGUGAGUGCUAUUAUAUUGUAAUCGUCCUUAUGACUAUUGCAUAUACGAUAUCUUUUUUGUUUUGUUA